AUGGAAGUCAUCAGGAAGGCCUUUGAAGAAAACUCAAGGGAGAAACCAUCGUCGAACGUGAACCUUCUGUGCCGCUUCUCAGCGCGCUACCGCACGGGCGUCUACCCGUAUGGCGUGUGCACGCACUUCAUCUACGCCAGCGUCCCCAACCGAGUGAGGCCGAACUCGCCACACGACAAGGACGUGCUCUACAGCUACGACCUUGCGGCGUUCAAGAAGUUCCUGCACUUGCGAGACCUGGCUGCUGACGUGCGACUGCUGCUCUCGGUCGAACUGGAUGCGAUGCUGCGCACGGGCUGGUCUCCAAAGCGUCUCGCCUCGGAUGCCAGGGUGUGGCUCGACCGCAGUGGCGUCGAUGGGCUCCACCUGGAUGGCUUGGACAUCCUGCCGAGGACCGUUCACAAUGUCAGCGAAAUCGUCACGGCCCUGCGGAAGUCAUUCAAGCGACAGUACCUUCUCACCGUUGGCAUCGACCGCACGCAGAAAAUCGUCGAGGACGAGCUGCUGAAGCUGCUCAAGCUGGUGGACUUCGCGAGCUUCGCGACGAGCCACGUUCGCCACACGGACGAGCGCACCACGUUGUCGAAUCCGUAUAGCAAGUACGACAACAGCACUUCCGGCCAGUUCUUGGUGAGCGCCCCUUUGCGCUCCUAUUAG